GGGUGAUACAAAUUUGUGCGCUAUGUUCGUCUGACCGGUUGAGGGGCGGGUGAUUAGCAUUUAGUUGUGAGGUUUCUCUGAUUAUUUGACUAGAUGAGCAUUAUUUGCAUGAAGCACUGCUCGUCACUGCUUCAGAGAUCAGUGGACUCACUUAACUUAUUACAAGGUCUCUCACACCGCGACGAAUCAGCAAGACAUGAAGCAGCUACAACUAUUCAACGAAUAUUUGAUUCGUGGUAUUUCGGAUUCGGAAGCCCUGCCGUUGCUGGAUUCUUGGAAACUAUGGCCAACGACACCGGUGGUGCCACACUUGAUACUUCGAUGCAUGGUCUAAUUACAGAGCAAAUCCCAGAUCUUUUAAGGAUUUCGUAUACUGGUCCAUCUUCUGACAUACGGUCCGCUGCAAGAGAUAUUCUUCGUGACCUGAAGGUUUCAUCGUUUUCAUGAUCACUGAGUUUUAGACGAAAAAGGGGUUCAGAAUACCAAAUAUCACUUCACUGUCGCCUAGUUUUAUUCUCCCACUAAAUGAAAUGGAACAUAUGAAGUGCCUAACGGAUGAACCAAAUGAAGGGGAUCUUCACUACACCACCUACAUCCUAUUUCGGGAAUACUGGUUCCAGUGGGGACGCCUAAGCAAUUAUAUCAAUGUGAUGGGGUAUCACCCCGAAUAUCUUGAAUGUUUCAUGAAACUAAAGGACCACCUCUUCCGUGGUGAUUUACCGUUACCUUAUCCAGAUCGUUACUACUUGGCAAUCAUAGCAGCCGCUGAACAACGUUGUAUUUACUUGGUUCUUCUCUUUGUUCGUCAAUUUAUCAGUUCUGGUGGUCCCUUGUCUUGGUUGCAAGGCGUACAAUAUGGGCCGCCGAAAUGGCGCCAGUUAUGUGGUCUAAAUAGAGACCUUACUAAUCGUCCUUGGAAAAUUACAGCUGAUGAUAUAUACAACUUAACCCACGGUGGGGAUUCGAAUCCGUCCAAAGAAGCUUUGUCAUUAUCAGAAUUGAUGCAUGCUGUCGGUAUUUUGUCUCAGGUUCAUGCCUUAGCUUGUUUCAUAUUUGGUUGUGGAAUUCGUCCUGAGAUUGAUAAUUACGAUGGUUUGAUUAAUUUAAACGAGGGAAACAGUACUAAUCAUGACGAAAAGACUUAUGAUAAUUAUGCACAUUCUUAUAGUCAAGUAAAUAAUGGAAAUCCUCCUAGUAGUCAUCAGGACCUUGAAAUUAGAGACAAAUGCUUUUGUUCAAUCGAACCAUGGGAUAAUCGCGUUAUGGAAAAUGGCAAUACAAAUAGUCAAAACUCACAUACCGAUCAAUCCCUCGAUGAAAAUAAAAAUUUAUCAGCAAGCAAAUUGCUAAAAAUCAUUCAGACAGAAGAUUCAACUUGGGAGGAAGUUGCAGAAGAUAUUGUUGCUGAACAGUUCCUAGCUGCAAUCAGAUCUAAUGUUCAGUUGGAUUCAGAAAACCUCUUCCCGUCUAGUGGUAUGAUGAAGCAUAUUGAAAAGUUAUCUCAUCAUCCACUUAUCUCCCGUUUCUUGGAUUCACCACAGUCUGGUUACAAAAACUUUGAUACUCGUCCAUUCCAUGUUGCAGAAUAUUCAUGGCAAGAGGAAGGCUCGGCUUUAGCGGAUCGUUUAUGUACAGAACUUGGCUCACUUUUGGACGAAAAAUUCCGUAAUGCAUAUGAUUUGACAUAUAACACUUUGAAUAGUAUUACAAACGUUGAUACUUCUCUCUAUCGUCGAACAGUGUGGAAUGAAGUUCAAAGUUUUUUUGGUAUUUGUCAUGACGACUUUCGUUAUGAUCGUGUAGAUCGUUUGCUUACUGUUUCACAACGUGCCUAUUUGAAACUAUGUGCCACUUUUCCAGUCGCCGUUUUUUCAGUUCAGACUCUCAAAUUUGAGAACAUUUUCCCAGCGCUAUCAUCUUCUGAAAUGAUUCAUGUUAUCCUUAUGGUUAUAGAAGCAAGACAACAGGCUUGUUUACUGUAUGUUCUUCGGGCUAUUUCUGAAUGUCAGACUAGAAGUAAUUAAAUAUGUACUUCAAAAUGAUUUCUUAACAUGUUUGUUUGUCUAGUUUAUUCCUACAUUGUCUGCCGAGACGUCACAAGCUGUUCAUAACAUAAUUUGGAUUUUUCAUAUUUAUUUUGUCUUCUGACUCCAUAAUGCAUUUGCACUCACUCAAAAGGCUUUCAUCUUUGAAAAAAUCUUUAUACGUCUACACAAUAUCAGAGGUUUCUUGGGUUUGAGUUUACAAUUUUGCCGGUAGAAUUCACAUAACAGUUGUUUGCUAGCGCCAUUAUUUGUUUCCAGUUUUAUUUCUCUCUUAGUUCUCACCAUCCUUUCAUUACUGGUCAACAUAGUUUCUGCAGCUUAUUUUUACUACAGCUCACUGUACGCCCGGUAUCGAAGCAUAACGAUGGCAAUAUUGAGAAACUUAAUGCCAGUCAUGUGUCUGUAAUUAGUGGGUAUGCUUUAUCUAAAUGUUGUGUUGAACUAGCUCAAACUCCUUAUCUGAUUAUUGUUAUCAUUGUCCAUAUUUUUCUCUGUGAUUUUCUGAGGUGGCGUUGUGUGUCUUAGUGUGUUAUAGUGUCUCGUUAUUGAAAACAGACACUUACCCUUUGCUCACAUUCUCCACUUCACUUUAUUUUACAGUUUCAUCAGUUUAUUUUAUUAUAUAUUCACGUCUGUCUGCACUUCAUUUUAGGAGGCUUUUUAUUUCCUGUCGUUCCACUAUUUGAAAAUUUUACUCCAUACUGCCUUUUCAAAGAACUUUAUGCUUUUAACGUCGUCAUGUCUUUUCCUGUAAUCAUGAUUUUAUAUUGGCAUUCACAGCGACUCUUUGGUUUCUAAUAGCAUUGUAAUAAAUGAGUUUUUAUCAUUCGCUCUUUUUAUCGUUAACUAUCUAUCCUGAUUUUAAUAUUUCCCCCCUCCCCCAGCCCCCCAUGUCUUUGAAUUUGUUUUUAACACCUUUGAUGGCGAAUGAAGCGAAAAUAUUUAACUUGUUUAUUUAUCUGUAUAUCUCUGAUCUUCUUGAUUAAAUGGUAUUUACCUCAUUGUGCGUGUGAACUUAUUCUUCCUUAACUUUUAUGUGUAUAUGUGUGCUUCAGUUGUCAGUAAGGUUCCUUUUUAUUAGCAAAGUUUGUGCAUAUGUGUAUGUUUUCUUAUCAGUGGACAGUUUUGAAUAGACUUAGGCUUCAGUAUUUUUGCUUUUCACACUUCUCAUAUAGCUUCUGUCAUCAUUUUCGGUUCUGUUACUUUACUGUGAAACUUGUAAAAUUGUUAUAGAAAAAAAAACAAGAUCCAAUGGCUACUGGGAGAAAGUGUCUUCUGUUUUUUUUUUUACUUUUAUCUCCAUCUGAUGUGUAUAGAUGUAUAGCAAACUGGUCGGAUUUUGUCUUGAAAAAUGUGUUCAUGGUUACAUGAAAUAUGUAAACAGUUUGCAACUCUUCAUGGUUGACUUAUUCUGUUAUGCGUUUGAUGGUCGUGAGAUGCAGGAUAUACUAAGUUUUGUUGACUUGUUAGUAAAAG